CCAAUCAAAUCGCUUGUUCUUGCGAGGUUACCGAGUUUUAUAUACUAAAUUUAGAUAUACAUUUAUUUCUGUGUUUAUUGUCAUUGUUUGCAUAAGAUACCAGUAAUCUUUAGCAGGUGGCAGAACAGGCUCUUCACAUAAACAAACUCUGCCAUGCAUACCAGAGAUCAAUACCCAAGAAAUAGUUCGACAGAAGUCUAAAAAAACUCUAAUCGUACUUCUCCAAUUAUUCCCCAAAUAGUGGUUGGUGUGAGGCGCAUUUCGCACAGGUUAUCUUCAGGUUGGGAUAUGUCGGUUUGAUUGAAAAGGGUCAGCGGGUAGCGAGCCAGGCCUUAUGACAGCUCAGUAAUAGCUUACAACGCCGUGAGUUCAAAACACAGCUAGCCGGCGAAUAUCCCGACGGCCCAGAGGCAGCACUUAAAGCGGCUUUUGCGAUAACGGCGACCUAGCGCCAUCAGUAUGGGGACGGUGGAGCUCUUGUUGACUUCAGUCUUGCUGUUGGGCGUACAACUCUGUCAGGGAUAUGGAUUAAAGGACAAAGUUAUCAAGAGAGUCAACACUACAGAGAGGCUAAUAAACCUGCGCGCGCAGAUGAAAUCACGUGGUCUUGACGCGUACAUCGUGCCGCCUACAGAUGCACAUCAGAGUGAAUACAUCUCCACGCAUGACAUGAGGAGAGCGUUCGUGUCUGGCUUCACAGGUUCUGCUGGUACGGCUGUGGUUACUAGGACCCAGGCCGCGCUAUGGACCGACGGUCGGUAUUACGUACAGGCGGCCAUGGAGCUCGAUGACAAUUGGAAGCUGAUGCGAGAUUAUGAGUCUGGUACUCCAACGAUUACUGAAUGGCUUGCAAAGGUUUUACAAAAAGGCGACAAAGUAGGCGUUGACCCUUAUCUGUUUAGUACACAAGAUUUUGAGGGAGAUGAAAAGGAACUUAACGAGAGCAAAAUACAGUUGGAAGCAGUAACUCCAAACCUGGUGGAUGUAAUAUGGGCAGACCAGCCGGAUAAACCCAAUGCUACACUCAUAUCACUGUCAGUCAAGUACACAGGAAAGACAUGGCAGAGCAAAGUGACCGAUAUGAGGGUCAAGAUGAGGGAAGCAAACGCCUCAGCCUUGAUUCUGUACAAACUGGACGAGAUUGCAUGGUUACUAAAUCUGCGCGGUAGUGACGUGCCCUUUAACCCUGUGUUUAUCUCCUACGUCAUCGCAACUGCUAGUGAUGUCACACUUUUCAUCGAUAAGCAGAAAGUUACUGCCGAUGUCCAGGCCCACCUGAGCGUGGGUUCAUGUACGUCUAUGUGUGUUCGCCUUAUGCCCUAUGAGCGGGUCGUACCGGAAAUAAAACGGAUAGCAUCGCAAGAGAGCUCAGGGAAAAUAUGGAUCAGUCCUCACUGCAACGAGGCACUGGUCAUGCAUGUCAACAAGGACAAGCUACUGCUAAAGUUUUCCCCGGUGAAGUUACCAAAAGCAAUCAAAAACAGCGUAGAGAUAAAAGGAAUGCGGAAUGCGCAUCUAAAAGAUUCUGUGGCGAUAAGUGAGUUCUUCCAUUGGAUGGAACAUGAGGUUCCAAAAGGACGGAAUGAUUUGACCGAACUCUUGGCUUCGGCAAAGCUGGAGGAAUUCAAAAGCAAGCAAGCGGAGUACAUGGGACCCAGUUUCUUCAGUAUCGUUGGUUAUGGGCCAAAUGCGGCCAUCAUACAUUACUCACCAACUAAAGACUCCGAUCGUCAGAUCACCACCGACAGUACACUACUCAUUGACACUGGCUCGCAGUACAAAGACGGUACAUGUGACACUUCUCGCACUGCUCAUUUUGGAACUCCAACGGCAGAACAAAAGGAGGCGUACACUCGUGUGUUGAAAGGACACAUUCAGCUCAGUAUGAUGGUCUGGCCCAACACCACACAAGGGCGAUUCCUGGACAUCAUAGCCCGCAAAGAACUAUGGGCCGGCGGGCUAGAUUAUAAGCACGGGACAGGACACGGGAUUGGAAUGUUCCUUAAUGUUCACGAAGGCCCGCAGGCGAUUGGUCCAAGGUGCCCAUCACGCGAGGAGCACCCCAUUGUCCCAGGAAUGUUCACUUCUGAUGAGCCUGGAUAUUAUAAGACUGGCAGCUUUGGCAUUCGAAUAGAGACUGUGCUACAAGCCGUCCAAAAAGUAAAGAGCCACACGGACGGAGUGUAUUUCAUCGGUUUUGAGCCGAUCGGUCUGGUUCCAUUUGAAAAGAAGCUUAUCGACGUCGACCUGCUGACGGAAGCCGAGAUAAACUGGAUCGACAAUCUCCAUGAAGAGUCUCGUAAGAAAGUUGGCGCGAUGUUGAUGAGCCAAGGAAAACCUGAAGUAUACCGAUGGCUUAUUGGUAAAACGGCGCCAUUACGAAAACAGGCAGCAGCCGUCGCGGGUGCUCAUGGGAUAUUUUCUACUGCAUCAACUCUGCUCUCCGGUCUUUUUCUCCUUUUCUUGACAUAACUUAAAAUCUAUUCGCAUUGAUGAUUGUAAAGUCGAAAUCAUUCAUUGCUUUAAAAAACACAGGCUUUUGGGAGUUACUUAGUGCGAUGCUUGUGACACAACAACAUAACAAUGGAUAACAGUUGUACGAGUUGCUUAAUUUUGAGUAAGAAAGUAGGAAAAUACCUUUUAUGUAGUAGUUGUUAUUCCUACGGCGCAACAUCAAACAACAUAACAGUUCAUCAUCAAUAAAAUAAUUCUUUACGCAAAAAAGAUACUUUUUAAACAUCAUCCUAAAAGCCAAAAUAAAGCAACAAACUUA